CUGCAGAACUCACCUGCUGUUUCCAUUGAACUGGGAUUUCCAAACAAUUUUGAAACAGAUCAUUGGAAAUCAGAAGGAAAAACUUCUAUGAGCAGAAAUUUACAAAUGGUGAUGAUUGCUCAUCUGUGUCGAGUACUGUUACAAUACCUACAUAUGAUAAAUGGAAAGGGCCUGUAUCAUUCUUUGGUGCCGAUGUGAAAGAACGAAAUAUAGAACCAGAAAAAAAGAGUCAGCCUGGAACUACCACUUUAACCGACGGAUCGGCAAAUAAGUGGUAUGAGAAGGCUUUUUGUACAAGUUCAAGUGGUACCAAGGUCUCAGAAAUUGGACAUUCACCAUCUAAGGAAGAUAUUUCGAAAGUUUGGGGAGCACCACUUAUAAUACCCACCUCUAUUUGCUCUUCUCCCAGCACUUCCACUGAAGGCGAUACAUCUCUAAAUCUAAAGAAAAUUCCAAAUACUUGGAAAGAUGUCAAAUAUUCAACACUGUUUGACUCAGAUCAUCUAAAGAAAUACUGGAAGUGUACAGUUAGGUAGUAAAAUGCAGAAUGCUUCAACAUGUGAUGCAAAAGAAUUACCAUCACGUAACAGUGUUUCACCACGGUCAGGCAGUGCCCAGACUGGUAGCAGUCAUACUACUUUUGUGCCAGACAACAGCCAGAAUGAGAGUCCUCAUGCCGCCACAGCACCUCGUAAUAAUAGUAAAGAUACAUCUUUUGCACAUCAUGGUUUGUAUGCACAUAAUAUGUGGAACCUCGGUAAUAUUAGCGUCAGUCCUCCAUGGAUCGCUUCUGGGAAUCGUCCAGUUGUCAGUGGUGUAUCAGCAUUAGUACAAGCAGGACAGGCAUCGUGGUUUCAUCCAGCCCAAAACACACAACAGUUCCCCCUGACACCUAUUGUUGGCGUAACACCUAUUCCACCUCCUGGCUUUACCCCGAUCCAAAACCCAUUUGUGGCCUUUACUACAUCGCGAUUACCUGCUGUUGUUGAUCCACGAUUGUCAAUACUGGAUGGAGCAUUUGUGUAUCAGCACCAAAAUAAUCCAUGGAUUCCAAGAUAUAGUGAAGUAAAAUCUGCUCCGAAUCAUAGGUCCUUUUCAAAUUCUGCAGGACCAUUUUCUACUGGUCUUAAUAAUUCGGGGAAAUUUGCCAGUCCUACUACACCAGAUAUUUGUGAGAUUACUCAGUCCACUGAGGAUUUAUUGAAUAUAGAAGACUGUACAACAGGCAUAAUAGAUGCAGAACAAGAGUUGGAAUCUAAUAAAAUAACUGUAAUAAAUCAAGAAGUUAAGCCCUGUGGAAUAAGUCAGUGCACUCAGACAACUUUGGAUGGUGAAGUUUUGGAAGAUAAUCUUAAACACCAUGCUCAGAGAUCAGAGAGAAUAACUUCAGAGACUGUCAGAGAGGUCGUUGAUGGAAGUAGAAUUGAUGAUAACAAAGAGGCAAAUAUGGCUAGUGAUUACAAUACGAAGUUUGAAAAUGAACACAAAUCGCCAGAUGUCUUUGUGUUUAGUGCAAAUUCUUUGGAAGCAGCUCAGAGUUCAGAAAAUUGUACCAUUACAGAACAAGACUCAGAACCUACAGUCAAGAUUGAUUUUGAGACUCUGUUAUCCAGAAGUUUAAAAAAACUUGAAAUUGAUUCAUCUCUUGGGUCUACUGUCCCAUCUAAGUCAACAGUUACCAGUACUUGGACGACUCAGAACUCUGUGGAAAAUGAUAAACUACACUCAUGUUCUGCAGAAACUUCUAGCAAAGAUGAAGAUAUCACCAGGUAUGUUCCCGCCCAGGAAGUUGAUCUUACCACAGAAGAGAAAGGACGACAACCUGUACGAUACAUUAAAAAAACAUUGAUAUCUGGAAGAGUACUAAAUCUUAUAAACUACAAUGAACAAGCUUAUUUCUGCACAGAUGAAUUUGUUAGAAGUUUUUCUAAAUUUAGUGGAAGACAUGUCUUAUUAAAAAUUCUCGAUACUACUGGCAUGACUCUACCAUUCGUUGAAGUAAAUAGAACAGAUAACUUUGAAAUGUUUCAGAUGCUGGACAACUGUGACUUAAAUACCAAGAGCAGAAAGCCAAAUGGCCAGAUACAUGAUGUGCUUCACUUGGUUCCUUUGAGGUCAGCGACAGAUCUACUUAAAGCUUUAAAGAUAUCAGAUGUAUCCAUUUUUUCUGGUCUGAUGGAAGAAGUUGAGAAUUUCAACCCAGAGGAUGAUUAUUGGUACAGAGACUGAACAACCAUGAAACUACUUUAGUUUCAUGUAUACUGCCAUGUGGGUCAUGGCUGAUGUUUGUCACUUGAAGUUGUGAUGUGAUGACGAUUUCUUCACUUAUUGAAAAACAAUCAUGUGACAUUUACGUACAUAACUAAACAAAGGCUGUGAUUCAGCAGACUAGUUUAUCUAGUUGUUGCAGACACCUAUUUUUAUAAUUUUUUUUUGUCUCAUCAUUAAAAACUUUUGUAUUAUACCUGUAAAAAAUUGUUAUAAAAUUUGGUGAAAAUUGAAAAAAAAAAAAACCUAAAUGUUGAUUGCCACUGAAGAGAUAAAAGGCUGUAGUAUAUACAUGAAUAGAACAAAUUUUUCAUGCUUAUACAGCAAAUGUUUAUUAAUAAGAAAAAAAACAGGAAAUAUAGUAGAGUUCCAUGAUGGAUUGGCAAUAAAUCAUGCGUAAGUGGUAUCCGCACAGACCAGUAUUUGAGAGCAGGAUCAUGAGAAAUUUAUUUGUUGGACAAUUGUAAUCUCAAGUAUUUUGCUCUGAACCUAAUUGUUUUCAUUAGAUUUGAAGUUUCAUUUCUGGCUGAUGCCACCGGAAUUUAAAUGCUCAUCUAUGUCUCUGUUAAAUGUUUCUUCCAUUUUUGACCUCUGUUACGAUUUGAAAAUAUGAAAUGUAUGAGUCUGAAAUUAACAUUUAUGUGAUCUUUUUCAGAUUCAUAACAAUUUCUUCUGUUGUUUGGUAUGGUACUUUCAUGACAAUUAUUUUUUGUCAGGUGUUUCGUAAGAAUUAUCUGAUUUUUUUUACUGAAACAGUCUCAGUGCAGAAUUGCAUAGAACAGUGGCUGUCUGCAUGUCAAUGUAUUUCUAGAUUUAUGGGAUCCGUGUAGAAAAGGAACAUCACAAACGAUUCUGGCAAAAUAUGAUAUUCAUAUGUUGAUUGUAUCACUUUGAAACUUUCUGCAGAAUACUGAAAGUUAUUUGUGAUACAACUGUCCAGAAUUUCAUCAAGCCUUGGCAGUGCAGAUGCUUGCUAAGAAAAUGUUUACUAUUGUGAUAAAAAAGUUCCUUUCCUCAUGACUUACAUGAUUAAAAUGUUAGAACUGUAAUUACUGCACAUACAGUACUAAUAUUAUCGUGGUUACCUCAGUUCAAAAUUUGUAUAUAGCUUAAGAAAUAAUUUCCUGUUAUUUGUAGUAAUAAACACUAAUUUUUUUAUAUGUAA